AUGAACGAUCCUUCUCCUGAUCUAAUAGAAGAUGCAAAUAUUCAUCAUCAGUUAAAUGAAAGUCAUCUUUCUUAUAGAGAACUUUUUCGUCAUCUUGAUAAAGAUCAAGACGGUCGAAUUGAGGUUGAUGAACUAAUUGAAUUAUUAGAAAAAGUUGGUGGUGAAACUUCAGAAAAAAAACGUUGGGCUAUUGUUCGUCGUAUUAUGGAUCAGGCUGGUGAAUCACCAACAUCAUCUUCUCUUUCAUUUAAACAAUUUGCUAAUUAUGUUUUAGAACAAGAAAAAAAACUUUGUCUCGUUUUUAGAAAGUUAGAUGCUAGUCAUCAGGGAAAAUUUGACGCAAAAGAUUUAGUAUAUUAUUUUCAAAAACUUGGUAUUAAACUUGAUUUAGGAGAAGCAAAUAGAUUAGUUGGAAAAAUGGAUCAAAAGAAUUCUUUAGAAAUUUCCUAUGACGAAUGGCGUUCUUUUUUCAUGGUUAAUCCUGCUAUACUUGAAAGUGUUACUGGAGAUCCACAUGAAAUGCUAAGAUAUUGGCGUGGAGCAGAGCAUCUCGACUUAGUCGAAGCAUCAUAUGUUGCACCGGAAGAUGGAGAAACUGAAGGUAAACAAUGGUGGAAACAUUUUGCAGCCGGUGGUUGUGCUGGUGCUGUAUCACGAACUGCUACUGCUCCGUUUGAUCGAUUAAAAAUUAUCAUGCAGUAUUUGGGUUCAAGACAACGCAUGUCUGUGAUAAAUGGUUAUCGAUAUUUAAUCAACGAAGGUGGUUUUAGAAGUUUAUGGCGUGGCAAUGGAGUGAAUGUUGUAAAAGUUAUACCUGAAACAGCACUUCGAUUUGCUUUUUUCGAAGAAAUAAAAAAAGUUGUGAAAAAAAUUCAAAAUAAAGAUCUAACAGCUGAAACAACAAUUGGUGAAAGAUUUAUAUCCGGAGCUGCUGCUGGUUUUCUUUCUCAAACUGCUGUCUAUCCAUUAGAUGUCUUAAAAGUACGACUUUGUUUAAGACGAACAGGUGAAUUUUCUAAUUGGGCAGAUGCUAUAAAACGUAUAUACAGAUUCGAAGGUCCACAAGCUUUUUGGCGUGGUUAUGUUCUCAAUCAAAUUGGUAUAGUGCCUUAUGCUGGCUUUGAUUUAGCAUGUUAUGAAAGUCUUAAACGUCUCUACAUAACUACACAUAAUAAUUGUGAACCACCAAUAUAUAUAGUCCUUGGUUGUGGUGCUAUUUCAUCAUUUACUGGUCAAAUGGUAACUUAUCCCAUAUCUUUAUUGAGAAUACGUCGUCAAGGACAAAUUGUUCCACUACCACAUAUGGACCAAAGUAAAGCACAUCCAUUAUUACCUGUUCCAACAGUGAUAAAAGAAAUUUGGCAUAAUGAAGGGCUUGUUGGUUUCUAUCGUGGUCUAAUACUCAAUAUGUUAAAAGUUGUCCCAGCUGUGUCCAUAUCAUAUUUAGUUUAUGAAACGGUUUUAAAAGCUCUUCCAAAUGAAAAAAAAUAA